CGUCGUUGAGUGCUGAGGUUUUUUCUCCCCCCGACAUAAGUCCCCGCAGCGUCACUGAGGGAGAAGAAACAAUGAAGAUGGAGGCGGAACAUAACAAGAAAAGGAAGAAAAACCCUAAAACCCACUCACAACUCAACCCCAACUGGGCUCAACUUCAACUAAAGCUGAAAACCAAUGGCUUUAACAAGUCUUCAGAACGCACAAACGAACCAGAACCAGAAACCAAAAACUCCAUCUUAGGUAAACGGAAAGAGAGACCGGAGACAGAGUCUGAUGAUUUUAAACUCCAUCCUCUGACUCCAACUAAUGAUGAUUUCAGUUUAACAGAUGUGGUGGCUAUGGAUUGUGAAAUGGUUGGUAUCAGUCAGGGAAAUAAAAGUGCUCUUGGAAGAGUUACAUUGGUAAAUAAGUGGGGAAAUGUCUUGUAUGAUGAGUUUGUCCGUCCAGUUGAACGUGUUGUUGAUUUUCGUACAAAAAUUAGUGGUAUUCGACCUAGAGAUUUGAGGAAAGCAAAGGAUUUUCGGGUUGUUCAAAAGAAAGUGGCAGAGUUGAUUGAAGGAAGGAUCCUUGUUGGCCAUGCUUUGCACAAUGAUUUUAAGGCAUUACUACUAACUCAUCCCAAGGAGAACUUGCGGGAUACCUCAGAAUAUUUACCCUUCCUAAACAGGGAAGGCCGCAGAAAAUCUCUCCAGCACCUUGCAUCUGAGUUUCUUGGUGUUGAAAUCCAAAAUGGGGAGCACUGUUCUGUGGAAGAUGCUCGUGCUGCGAUGAUGCUUUAUCUGAAAAACAGAAAACAAUGGGAGAAAAGUGCUAAAGAUCAAAUAAGGCAUCAACAGAAGCAGAUGAAACGCAAGCCUAAAAGGAAGCCAAAGAAGAAAGAAGCUCUAAAUUUUGACCAUGCUGCAACUGCAUCCUAGUUGUACCUUUGCCAAGCUAUGCAUUGAAUGUAGAAAAGUUGCUGUCAACCAGUCAAACGAAAGACGAGAUCUACAAACUGGUAGUUUCCUUGGGCCACAUGGUAAUCAUAUAAUUUAUAUUCAGAAGGAACUGGGCUAUGCAUGCCAUGCAGCAAAGAAGAGGGUUCUCACCAUAUUGGUAAUGGAUUGAGCUGUGCUUUAUUUUUUCCAUUCUUUUGGAGGCACUGUUACCGCAAAGAAGAUAAUUCUCCUUUGUUCUUUUUAAGCUUUUGUAUCAGAAAUUAGCAAAAUUUCCAGAGAUUGGAGGAUCCAUAAUGGAUUCAAGUGUUUACUAUAUGAUAAAGAAAUAUAGUUGUUUACCAUCUUCUUCUACCCCUCUGCAAUCAAUGAACAAGUUCAUCUAGUUUAUAAUCUAAUGAUUUUUUUCAAUAA